AUGGCUUUUUUACAACAAAGAUACCUAAUCCCAAGUAGGCAUUAUUUUUCGGAGACAGCAAUUCCUCACUUGUAUGAUCAAAUUAAAAAAUUUUUUUUAAAUGAAAUUGCUAAGUCACAGUACAUAAGGUUUACUUCAGAUAUUUGGACUUGUCCGACAUCUCAUGAAACAUUUAUUUCUUUAUCAGGACAUUGGAUUAAAAAAAAUUUUGAGCACAAAGAUGCUGUACUCUAUGCUUCACAUUUUCCAGAAACUCACACAGGGUUAAACAUAGCUGGAAAAUUUAUAAAUAUGUUAGAAAGCUGGGAAAUUAAUGCACCAAGAAGACAUAUUUUAGUCAAAGAUGGUGCUGCUAAUAUGUCACUAGUGAUAGAUUUAUUAGCUAAAGCACGUCGAAUAGUAGGCCACUUUAAUCAUUCAUCAAAGCCAUGGACAGAAUUUAAGUUACUGCAACAACAACAAAAUGAAAACACACCUCUACUUUUGGUUCAAGAUGUGCCUACUCGCUGGAAUAGUGCGUACUUAAUGUUAGAGCGACUUCAAAAACUUAAAAGAGCAGUUCAAAUGUAUUUAGCUGAUCAUAAUGAAUUGCCAACAUUUGCAUCAAAUGAUUGGAAAUUCAUUGAAAAUUUAUUAUAUGUUUUAAAGCCUUUUUAUGAACUUACUAAUGCUAUGAGUUCUGAACUUUGUAGUUUAUCAACAGUAGUUCCGAAUAUAUGUGCUUUACAAAGAUUUUUAUCAAAAAUUGAUCAAAAAGAUGAUGCAGUUCAAAUAACAAAACAACUUAUAGAAUCUUUAAAUAAACAGUUGUUCAAACGUGUAUUCAACACUUCAAGUAUAAAAGCUUGCAACACAACUGCUUUUAAUGAAAAUCUCAAUCUUUUUUAUCAAAUUGAUAAUGAAAAUAGAGAAUUUGAAAUUUCAUCUGAUACUGAUUCAGAUAUAAGCAAAGAGCAUAAUGUAAUAGAUGAACUGAAAGGGGAUUAA